AUGGCACCUCUCCAGGCCGCCACUUCCGCCGGCGCCGACACGAUGUCAACGACGGUAUCUGGAGAUACUCCUGCGACCACGAAUCCAGUCAAAGCGGAAUCGAAGCGCCUACUCAAACAAGUCUGGUCCGCCGCGAAUUUGGAAGACGCCACGAACAUCGCCUCGCGCUCAGUCGAGCUGUACGAUGGCAAAGGUCUCCACGUUCUCUCCGCCGCCAACGCCGUUGCAUCCUUCCCCGGAGGUUUGCGUGCCGCAGUCGACAUGCUGCUCAUAGAGAUAAUCCCCAAGAUUGUCCAGCGCGAGGGGCUUGAUAAUCAGGCAUUCUGGAAGUCAAUCCGUCGGUCCAAGGGCAGUUUUGCGCGGCAGUUCAAGCUCAUCGAUAAGACUCUCUACUGCAUGGUGCGUGUGCAUUCAGACAAGAGCUACAAAUCUGGGCGACGAAUGCGCCCCAGCCCCUUCGAGAUAUUCGACCGCACGACCGCAGCAUGGGAAUGUCUACUCAAGCACGUCCGACACAACUACAUCAAGGCGAAAUAUCUCAAAGCAAGCCAGCCGCGCAUCUUUCCGAUUUCCCGAGCCAACCUUGUUUGGCUUCGCAGAUUCCAUGUGGCCGACAUCACAGCGUUCAAAGUCGCAGGACAUUGGCUUCCGCAAGAGCUGGUGGACAUGGUGGCGAGGGAGACUUAUCAAGUAGGCUUCUCGGCUGAAACGAUCAAGCGCAUUUUUGGUCCGUUGCAACAUAGUACAUUUUUCGGCGUCCAUCAAACUGCAGCGACGGUUGCUCUACUCCGAGCAUACAAUAACUGGUUUUGGUGCGCGGAGGAUGUGGAAACCGUUCAGGGAGGUACCACACGCGUGGGUCGCCAUGCACUCACAGAGACGGCGAACGGCGAGUGGCUCGUGAAUGGAUCAUAA